UCUGCUUUAGGGGUCAGGGAUAGAGGGAAGAACACUAGCCAUAAAGUCUGCUUUUAAAGCUCAUAGAGUGAUACAGGGGGAAGGUUAAAUGAACACUUACCUCAUGGUGCAUGAUUAUAAUUUUUUAUUAUAAUAAUCUUGGUAAUUAAUGAUUAUUGAGACAUACUAUGUUACAAACAUUGUUCUAAGCACGUUACAUAUAUUACUCAUUCAAUAUUCACCCCAGCUACAGGUAUCUUUAUUGUCCCAUUUUUACAGAUGAGAAAACUGAACCCAGAAGCGCUAUGUAACUUGCCUGGGACCACACAGUUAAAUAACUGGCAGAGUUGAGACAUGAACAUAAGCUCUGUGACCAUGCUUUUAAAGUCCGUGCUGUAUUGGCGCUCUGUUGGAGUUACCUAUAAUUGAUAAAAAAUAUACAGCAAAAAGAGAUGAUAGGCUCAGGGGUUUCCUCUUCAAGAAAGAAACUUUUAAAGGCUGGCUGAAAGAAUGAGUAGGAGUUCCCCAUAGAAAUAGUGGGAUGAUUUCAGGGAUUUCAGAGGGGAAAGAGUUUGACCUGUUUAAACAAACAAACAAACAAGCAAGCAAACAAACAAACAAACAAACACAAAAAACAGAGAGAGCUAGUAGGGAUUUGUGAGAUGAGAAUAGGACUGGAGAGGUUCAUCUCAACCAACUUAAAGCAUUUGAAUAUUUCUUAAGUGUAGUUGAAAGUCGUUGACCAGUUUUAAGCCCAUGGAUGAUGUGAUCUUAUUAAAUCUUGUAACAAGGCUUAAGACUGAAUGUAAGGAUAGAAGAUUAUUACCAGAAUCUAGACAGAUGAUAGUAGUUUCGAUUAGAGUAGUGGUGGUGGAAAAUUUAAAAGGUGAGAGGAUCAUUAAUGUAUAUUUCUGCAUUCAAAUUUAUCAGAUUUGGUGAUAAUUUAGUUAUUAGAAAUGAGGUAGAUGAAAAUGCCAAGGAGAAAUGCCAGAUUUCUUACAAAACAACCUUGGGGAUCAAAGAUGUUCUGCACUAAGAUAUGGAAGAAGAGGAACGCUCUUUUCCUUAUUCUGACAAUAACCAAAUAGUUAGAUUUUAUGGGUGCAUUCUCUCAUUAAGUAAAAGAAUUGUUCAUUAUAUUAAACUUACUAGUUUUACAGAGAAUAAGAGUCACGUUAUUUUAGAACCAUAUCUAUUGAAGACUCUCAAAUUCACUUGUGAAAAUAUUCAGAUCCUCAGUUUAAGAGUGAACUCCUGAAGGUCAUGCAGAUAAAAUAUGUAAUACUGAACUCUUCAUCAUAAAAGAAUCUGCAACAAAUACCAGAUUUCUUGAAUGCAAUAUUUUCUUUUCAUUGAUUUUUAAAAAAUUUUUGGUAUAAAUUCUCCCUUUGUUGAGUUCUGUAUUUCGUUAAACUAUUAAGGUAGUCUGUGUUGACAAGUGCUUUCUUCUUCUUCUCUUUUUAGAUUUAGGCAUUGAGGGACCAUGGAUCAAAACAAUUAUACUUCUCUAUAUAGUUUUAUUCUGCUUGGCUUCUCUGAUCAUCCCAAAUUGGAGAUGGUCCUGUCAGGAGUUGUCACCAUCUUCUACUUAAUUACAUUGGUGGGUAACACAGCCAUCAUUGUUGCAUCUCUCCUGGAUUCCCAUCUGCACACACCAAUGUAUUUUUUCCUCAGGAAUUUAUCUUUCCUAGAUCUGUGUUUUACCACCAGCAGCAUACCUCAGAUGCUGGUUAACUUGUGGGGCCCUGAUAAGACCAUCAGCUAUGUGGGUUGUGUCAUUCAACUGUAUGUUAAUAUGUGUUUGGGCUCCGCUGAGUGCCUUCUCCUGGCUGUCAUGUCCUAUGAUCGUUUUACAGCUAUUUGCAAACCCUUGCAUUAUUUGGUAAUCAUGAAGCCACAUCUUUGUCUCAAGAUGAUGAUCAUGGUUUGGGGUAUUAGUUUGGCCUGUUCUGCAAUAUCAUGUACACUCACACUGAAUUUGCCUAGGUGUGGAAACAACCUUCUGGAUCAUUUCUUGUGUGAGUUGCCAGCUAUGGUCAAAAUAGCUUGUACAGACACCACAACUGUUGAAAUGUCUGUUUUUGCUUUAGGAAUUGUCAUUGUCCUUACACCCCUCCUCCUUAUUCUUAUAUCCUAUGGUUACAUUUCCCAAGCUGUGCUGAGAAUGAAGUCAAAAGUAGGCCAAAGAAAAGCACUUAAUACCUGUGGAUCUCAUCUCACUGUGGUGUCCAUCUUCUAUGGAACUGUCAUCUACAUGUACUUACAGCCAGGUAACAGUGCCUCCAAAGACCAGGGGAAGUUCCUCACCCUUUUUUAUGCCAUCAUCACUCCAAGUCUGAACCCCCUUAUCUACACCUUGAGGAACAAGGACAUGAAGGAUGCACUAAGGAAGUUGGUAAGAGUUGCCUAUAAAUCUACAAAAAUGAAAACCGUAGAAAAAUAUUAG